GUGCAAACACUUGAAUUGUAGCUGCAGGCAGAGGAAUAUCAGGUGCAUCUCUAGGCCCUGAGGGCUCAACUCCUACACUUAAAUCCCUCCCACUGGAACAGCCAGCUCCAGUUUCACCGAGCCAGCGCCAGCGUCAGCGUGAGAACGAUCCUGCUCCUCAGCCCUCAGCACCUUGCACAGGAGGAGGACUCCGCAUCCCAGCACUGCCCACCUUCGCUGUAGGUGCCAGAUAGAAGGAACGUUCCUUGUUAGGCCCUCAGCACAUGGAGCUGGCUUCAAAUAAAGUACUCAGAGCAAGAAAGAAGACAGUAUUCACCUCCUUCAAAGCCACCACAUCCUGGUCAAAGAGGAGGCUGCAGUGACCACACACUGAGCAGACCAGAGUCCAAACACAAAAGAUAAUGAGUCUCCUAAAGGAACGGAAACCAAAAAAGCCACACUAUAUUCCACGGCCCCCAGGAAAGCCCUUCAAGUACAAAUGCUUCCAGUGUCCUUUCACAUGUAAUGAGAAGUCACAUCUCUUCAAUCACAUGAAGUACGGUCUCUGUAAAAACUCCAUGACUUUAGUGUCAGAGCAAGAUCGUAUUCCCAAGGGUCCGAAAUCUAGCUCGCUGGACUCUAAGCAGACCCACCAGCCAGAGCCCACCUCAAAGCCAGCCACUUCCAAGUCUCUCCUAAAUGGACUCUCCAGCUUUGAUCCAAAGUCUCAACAGGGAUCUGCAAAGGAGGAUGCCAAAGAGAACCUAGAAAUGCAGGCUCGGGGAGUCCACAAAGGCCCCCAGAAACCAGCCCUACAGAAAGAAAUAACAUCAGAAGCCAUUCUCAGCACCCAGCCUAGCCAUGACAGUGGGGUUAGAUCUUCGGCAUUUGUUCCAGUUGGGGAGCACAGACUCAGGGGGCCAGAAGACACAGAGGCUCCUGAAAUGCUUACCACCAAAGCCACCUCAUUCCAUGCCAAGUCUGCAUUCCAUACGCCUGGUUAUCCCUGGAAAGCUGGCUCCCCAUUUCUCCCUCCUGAGUUUCCACAUAAAAUCUCAUCUACAAAGGGGUUUGGUGCCAUCUCCCCCUACAUGCAUCCUGCAAUCCCAGAGUACCCCAAUCCCUUCUACACAGAACAUGGGCUGGCUGCCAUCUAUUCCCCAUACCUCCUGACUGGGAACACACCUGAGUGUGAGACCACUUUGCUCUCUGUCUAUGGGGCCCAAGACCAAAGACACUUCCUGUCUCAUCCUGGGCCAAUCCCCAAGCACUUGAACACAUCUCCAUCAACAUAUGACCACUACAGAUUUUUCCAGCAAUACCACUCUAAUCUACCCAUCCCUUAUGGAUUUUACAGACCAGAGUCUGCAUUUCCCUCCUACAGUCUCAGGCUCCCAUCUGUCACGGGCAUCACACGAGAUCAGAGCUCUCGCUUGCUUGAAGAUGCAGCUCUGGCUUACCCAGCCCCAAGUCCCUCAGAGUUAAACCUUUCAAACUCCCACAGGAAACACACUGAGUUUGAGAAGGAAAGUCCAGCUCCUGAGGCAAAAGAUCCUUCUAAAGAUGGGCAAAGGGAUGCAGAAGAGGCCAAAAUGAGCCCCCGAGCAGGGAGUGCUGCCACAGGCUCCCCGGGAAGGCCAAGCCCCACCAACUUCACCCAAACAAGCCAAGUAUUUGAAGGCCUGUGUGACCUCUCAAACAAAGCAGCCUCCUCAGGAACCCUGGAGCGACUCCAGCAACCCGAGCAGAGCCCCACCGCCUUCAAACCUGUCCAGGGGGGCUCAGAAAGUCCUCACUCUCAACCUCCUACAAACAGAACAGAGUCUCCAAAAAGCCUUCAGGCCAUGAACAGUGACCCUCCGGCCCAGAUAGGGAGCAGUACCUCUUUCAUCACAGAGGCCCCACCCUCCAGCCCAGAGGACCACUCCAAAAUAGGUCCCCUCAAUCUCUCCAAGAAGCUGGAGACAAACCCUGCAGCCACUUAUGGACCCAUGUAUGCAAGCAACGCCCAGGCAGACACACUGGGCUUCUCAGAGCUGCAGGACCUGCCACUCAAUCUGUCUGUAAAGGAUCCCUGUAAUGCCUGGGCUCCAAGGCCUGCCCUCCCUGGCCCACCACAAGGCGCAGAAGCUGCUGCCGCUCCAAAGACUGAGACAAAAGGUUCUGAAGUUAGGACAAGCCAUGUGGAGACACAGCAAGACAAAGCCCACAGCAGAACAACCCCAGACGUACACACGGAGGACAGUAGUGAUGAACAGAAGCAGACGGCGGCUGUGGCUCUCUGUCAGCUGGCAGCCUACAGCCCAGGGAAUGUCAGAGUGGCAGAUGAGGAGCGCACAGCCCAGGGACCCACCUGUCAAGAUGUGUCCACCCUCAGUUCUACAGAGAACCAGGAGGCUCAGUGUGACCUCAGACCCAAAGGACAAAAGAGGACAAGUCAAAGGGAUGCAGGAAAAUCCCAGCAAGGAAGUAAAAAGCCAAAGCUGAAUGACACCGUACCAAGAGUGCUCACUCUACGCAAAAGAACCCGGGUAUCCUGAGGCCUCUCAUGCACUCAGCGCUGUGGCUAAAGAGAUGCUUUUCACACUAUGUUCCAAGCAGCAUCUUCACUUUUUCUGCUUUUUGGAGGAGGUACUGUCUAGCCAUGUUGCUCAAGCUGGCAUUAAACUUGUGAUCUUCCUGCCUCGGCCUCCUAAGUGGUGGGCCAACCAGUAUUCCCACAGUUUACCUUCACUUUUUAUCAAGUCAGUUUUUAUAAAUACAGUUUCUCUUUUCUUCUCAAAAAGGACAAAAGGUUGUAAUCUUGUUUAGUUUUUUUGUAAACAUUAAGAUAAAUAUUAAAAGAUAUUUCUACUUCUGGUUGUAAAAAAACAUUUGAGUGGCUUAUACUCUCCAAGACUGAUGAAUUAAACUGGGAUUUCCUGUUUGUGACACAUCAGGGAAAUAUACAGAACUAGCUCAGCAGUGUGAGAAGACUCAAAGAAAGGACCUUUCACAAGUACUAUUUUUCAGGACUAAAACUUUUACCGUGUUGCUGUUUUCCUAUUAAAUAUAGUUAUGUGUUUUAAUGCCAGAAACAUCUUUAGUUUAAGCCUCAACUGUUACAUGUAAGAAGUGUUGUGAUUACUUCUAACUGAACCGUCCACAAACAUCUAGAGGCUGAUUUUACGAGUAACUUAUUUCUAUCAGGGAAGUGCAUUGCUGGUAAAGGUAUGAUCACCUUAUUGUAUUUGCUUAUGAUGUCGAAGCAAACUUUCUCACUUAGGCUCCUGUUCCAUGCCCUAAAAUGAUGUACAUGUUAAUUUCCAAUAAACUCAUGUGUGAACUUUGAGAACACAUAAAGCAAAGAUAAACA